AUGUCUGGCAAGUUACCCGUCGAGUGUUUUGAAAUGACUUCCAAAGAUUUUUGUUCGACGAAUCCUGCUCACGUACAAAAUGAUUUACUCAAUGCCUGGAGAAAAAAAGACAUAACGAAUUUUCUCAGCGUUUUAUCAUCAAACGAAUGCGAUCCGAAUUUCCUAUACGAAAAUGAUAAUUACAUGCGCCUUCUCGACAGCGCCGUCGAAAAUGGUAAUGUUGAAUUUGCGGAAGCCAUUAUCAAAGCCGGUGCUGAUGUUAAUCUCAUCAAUCCUGUCAGAUCGAAAGCUCCCGUUCAUUUCGCUGCAGAAACGGGUCAGCUCGAACUCCUUAAAUUGCUCGUAUCCAGAGGAGCGGAUAUUAACAUAAGAGACAGCAGCGGUUCAACAAUAUUACAUUACGUUGUAAAACAAAAAUGGCCACCCGGAGAACAAAAAUUUAAAAAAUGUUUAGCCUAUCUAUUAGAACUUGACAGUUUAAAGGUGAACAUGACUAAUAGAAAAGGUUUAACGGCCAUUCAUUUGGCGGCAAUGCAGGGAUCAGGUGAAGCUGUUAAAAUGCUUUUGGAAAAAGGAUCUCAUUUAGAUAUUGAUUCUAUAAAAGUUGGCUCAGCGAGGAGAACGGCCAGGCAAGAAAUCAUGCAUAAAUUUCCACACUUGGAAAAAGAUCUUCCAUCUCCUCGGGAUAUUUACGACAUUAAAAUGGAUGGAGAUAAAUUGUUUUCUUUAUUGCAUGACAAUCACGAAGACAGGUUCUGCGAAACGUUCAAUGAAGAAAUGAAGGAUAAAGCUCAAAAAAAUUUAUUGAAAUAUACAGAUGGGAAACAAACAUUUUUACAAUAUUGUUGCGAAAAAAAAUUUUCAAAAGCCGUUAAAACCCUUUUGGAAUACGACGUUGACGUUAAUUACGCACCCAAUAAUUCCACUCGUCCUGUUUUGAUAGCAUGUCGUAAAGGAGAUUCUGAGACAUUGCGUUUGCUUUUAAGUGCUAAACCUGAUUUGUCGUGUAAUGAAGAUGGUGAAAAUCCAUUACACAUCGUCGUUAAAUACACGGAUAAUUCUCCGGAUCAUUUAGAUUGUCUGCAAAUUCUACUGAGAAGAUUGAACAAAAGUAAUUUAGAUAUAAACGCGCAGGAUUUAAAGGGGAAUUCCCCGUUGCACUACGCUGUGAAAUACGGGGGUCCGGCAUGCGUGGAAGAAUUGUUGAAAAACGGAGCUUACAUCGGAACUUUGAAUAAAUUUAAAAAACCACCGUUGGCAGACAUGUCAUCAUCGACUCUGGGCAAUUAUUUAGAUUCUUGCAUUACGGCAACCGACGUAUUGGAUAGGGGAAACAAUUACGUCAUAAAAUUUAAUUACAAUUUUCUCGUGCCUAAAAAUUGUCUCGUUCAUUCCGAAUUGGAAGAUAUUAAAAUACCUUUGACGGACGAUAACGAAACGGUUAAUUUACUACAAGAGUCGAUACCUGAAUCCCAGCCUCUUUUGUACAUGAGUAAGGAUUCGCAUCUUCGAAAAUUACUAGUUCAUCCCGUUUUAACAAGUUUCAUAUUGUUGAAAUGGCAAAGAGUUCGAAUAUUUUACUACGUAAAUCUCAUAUUUUACGUUUUGUUUUGCUUUUUAUUAACCGUAUACAUAUUGUUUGGGUGUGUGGAACACACAUCGGAAAAUGUAUUAAUACUCACGACGGUUGCAAUUAAUCCGGAAGAUUUCCUUGGGGGGGGAGGAAACGGUUCGAACGAAGGAAAAGACAUUUUCAACGAAUCCCCGGGAGUGGAUUUUCUCCGGGUUUGUUUAAUUAUAUUUUUAAUCGCGUUAACGCUUCGCGAAUUGUUUCAAAUUGUGAUACAUCCGAAAAAAUACGUUUUGGAUCCGGAAAAUUGGUUGGAAAUUUUACUCUUGAUUGUUUUGGCAUUUGUUUUAGUCAAGGACUGCAGUCGGGAAUUUCCCAAAUCGACGCGAUUGGGUUUAUGGUGUCCACAAUUUUCAGCUCUUGCUAUUCUACUCUCUUGGUUCGAAUUGGUUUUGUUAGCCGGGAAACAUCCCUUACAAUCGUUACACAUAGAAAUGUUUAAAACCGUAUCAAUUAAUUUUAUGAAAUUUUUAGCUUGGUACGUUAUUCUCAUUGUUGCUUUCGCCCUAACCUUUUACACACUUUUCCGGGAUUGCGGUGCGGAUUGCGAGGAAAAUAAUCCGUUCGUAAAUCCCGGUUUGUCGAUAUUUAAAAGUAUUGUCAUGCUUACCGGAGAAUUCGAUGCUUCGGACAUACCGUUCGUCACGUUCAUCGGAACGAGUCAUUUAAUAUUCAUAGCAUUUAUUUUUCUCAUCGCAAUAGUUUUGUUAAAUCUUUUGAACGGUCUUGCCGUGACAGACACACAAACGAUUCGUAACGAUGCGUAUUUGUGCAGGUGCAUCGCUUUGGUCAAACUCAUUUCCUACAUCGAAAACAUGCUUCUCGUCGAAUCCGAUCCCAUUCCCUGUUUGAACCUUUUCAAAUGUUGUUCGAAAAAAAAAAAAAAUAAUAAUUUCAAUUUGAACUGUUUCGAUUAUUUGGCCAAAAGAAUCGUUUUCUUUCCGAAAUUAUUAAAAGAUGGAAUUAUUUACGUAUUGCCCAAUCAAAGGUAUAAAAUUUAUUUCGAAGAUCCUAAAUCAAUUAAGGAAGAGGAUACGAUAUGUUACAAUAGACUCACAAAUUACUACCUGGAUCCAUCAACGGCUAAAACAGCAGAAAGGAUAUUGUCGGAACGAGUCAGCAGUAAGGGGAAUCCCGUUGCGGAAAUGGAUACGCUAAGAAAUGAAAUAAAUAAUUGCACGGAAAGAAUAUUCGAAAUGGAAAAAAAAAUGGAAUCACUGGAACAAUCGACGAAACAAAAUGAAAAAUUAUUAAUACAAAUUUUAGCCAUAUUGAGUUUGAACAAUGCUAAUAAUGAUGAUAAAUAA